AUCUAUUGUAAGGAAGGAAUAAAAUUAAAGUUGCAUAUCUGAGUUCCAACCGGAAUAGGUGAUCAGUGCAACCUCCAUCUUGAUGUUGUCGCCUUAAACCUCCUGUUCGACGCAACUGGCAAACGGUAUCAAAACCCUUAUAUACUUUAACUGGGGACUGACUUGCCUAUUAGAGUCAAGACGCGGUGCCCUGGAAAGCCCCGCGGGCACGCACGUCGAGCCCCCAGACAGGAAGCUUUGCCAACAUGGGAAGAUUAGAAAGAAUGAAAACUCGGCUUCGCUCAACCUAUGCAAAGUUUAGAGCGAAAGCAUUUGUUGUCAGGUCCAUGGAGGAGCAGAAGGACAAAUCAGCAAGCGGUUUCGAAAUGCACAAAGUUCUAGGGCCUUUCAGCCUUAUCAUGCUCGGCAUUGGCUGUAUCAUCGGCGCCGGAGUGUUUGUCCUCACAGGCGUGGCAGCUCGCAAAUACGCUGGUCCUGGUGUCGUCGUGUCGUACGCACUGUCAGCCCUCACAGCCAUGCUCACCGCCUUCUGCUACGCCGAGUACGCAGCAGAGCUCCCAGUGGCCGGGGGCGCCUUCAACUACGUGAGCAUGACGUUUGGAGAGUUUGCGGCGUGGGUCACUGCAUGCGACCUAGUGCUGGAGUACACCCUCUCCGCCGCGGCGGUGGCCAAGGGCUUCACCGCCUACUCGGCAGCGCUGCUGGGCAUUGACGUCAGCUACCUCCGGCUGCAGGCCUCCCUCUUCACCCUAGACCUGCCCGCCGCCGGCUCUGUGGCCGCCAUGUCUCUCGUUCUCAUGCGCUCCACCGCCGACUCCUCCGCCCUCAACAUCGCGGUCACCGGGCUGAACCUCGCGCUCAUCAUAUUCGUGCUGGCAGCAGGCUUCCCGCAUGUGGACGCGGAGAACUACACGCCCUUUGCGCCAUUCGGCACGCGAGGCAUCUUCACGGGCGCCUCCGUCGUGUUCUUCUCCUUCAUUGGGUUUGACACGGUGGCUACCGCGGCGGAGGAGGUGACCAACCCGGGCCGCGACCUGCCCAUCGGCAUCGUGGGCUCACUGGCCAUCUGCACGGUGCUGUACGUGCUCAUGUGCCUGGCCAUCACAGGCAUGCAGAGCUACCAGGUGAUCGACCUCAACGCGCCCUUCGCAGUCGCCUUCGACCGAGUGGGUCUGGGCUGGGCGCAGCGGCUGGUGGCGGCGGGCGCGCUGUCCGGCAUCGUCACUUCGCUGCUGGGGGCGCUGCUGGGGCAGGCGAGGAUUUACGUCACGCUGGGCAGGCAGGCGCUGGCGCCCGCUUGGCUGGCCCGCAUCGACCCCGCCCGCGGCACCCCCCGCAACGCCACCCUCGUCACCAUGUGCACCGCCGGCUUCCUGGCGCUCUUCAUCGACAUCGAGCUGCUGGCGGAGCUGGUGUCCAUUGGCACGCUGGUGGUGUUUUGCAGCGUGUGCGCUGGCGUCAUCUUCCGCCGCU